AUGGAGUCAGGUGGAGGAUGUUGUGGAGGAGGCAAGAAGUCUAAAUAAACCAAUAACUAGAAUCAAAUGGGUCUAAGAACAUAGAACAACCUUGGAAUAACAGAUCCCUUUGCUCGCUCUCGCCCUUAGAAGUCAAAUUCGAGUCAGAGUAGCGUGAUUGAAGCAAAGGUUGUGCUGCUUGGUGAUUCUGGAGUAGGAAAAUCUAGCAUAGCUCAGAGAUUUUGUAGAGGUAUAUUUUCUGACACUCAUGAUGUCACAAUUGGAGGGGCAUACUUACAGCAAACCAUUACUUUGAACAAUAAUACUAAUGCUUAGAGCUAGCAAGCGGUUUAGGAAAGUUCUUAAGUUAAAAUGCAUAUCUGGGACACAGGCGGAUCUGAGAAAUUUAGAAGUAUGGUUUCAUUGUAUUAUAAAGAUGCAGCUGCUGCGAUAAUAUGUUAUGAUGUUUCAGAUGAAAAGAGUUUUAAUUCAGUGUUCUACUGGAUCAACGAGAUGUUAAAUAACAAUAACAAUGACUCAGAUAACUUCGUGAUGGCCCUUUGUGGAAAUAAGGCUGACUUGGAUGCAGCUCUUAAAAAAAUCUCAUUUUAAAAUGCCUCGGACGUAGCUAAAAAGCAUAAUAUGAUUCUGGCUGAGUGCUCUGCUAAAACUGGUGAGGGAGUUCAAUAAAUGUUCAAAAAGAUUGCAGAGAAAAUAGUUUUAUUGAAAAAGAUGGAGAAUGGUCAACAGUGA